CCCAGAUCGCUUACCGUAGCUCCAGAGCUUGGCGCAAAGGGUUCUGGAGCUGAGUUUCUCCACGUGAGGCUGUGAGGGUGUUUUUGAGAGUUUAUUUAGAUUUGAGGUCAACAAAGAAGCUUUAAAAUGGCAUCAAAAGAAGAAAUUAUGAGUGAUGAGCGGUUUCGAAGAGUUACAAUGGAUCCUAGAUUUUGGGAAAUGCCAGAAAAGGACCGAAAAAUUAAGAUUGAUAAAAGAUUUCAAGCAAUGUUUCAUGAAAAAAAGUUCAAGUUGAAAUAUUCUGUGGAUAAAAGAGGACGUCCCAUAAAUCAUAGUAGUACAGAGGAUUUAAAACGUUACUAUGACUUAUCAGAUUCAGAUUCUGCUCUCUCAGAUAAAGAUGAAGCAUCACACACAAAAAAAACAAAGAAAAGUACUCAGAAAACUAAAAAAGGAAAUUCAAAAGAAUUAUUGGUUGAUGAUAAGGGAAAAAACAAAACUGUUGAGCAAAAGAAAGGCUUUGGAAGUGGAAAAAAGCCAGAUGAUUAUGAAAAUACUUGGAAAACACAGUUUUCAAAUAGAACUAAGAAAAUUAAUGCAAAAAAUAAUCUGCAAAAAGAUGAAAAAGAAUCGACAAAUAAAGACAUAAAGAAUCAAAAAGAUACCUUCCUAUUUAGUACAGAUACAUCAUCCAGAGGAAAACUAAAGAUAACAGAAUUGGACACUAAUGAAAUUGUGAAAUCUUCCAAGGUGACGUCUCCUAAAGAGGAAGAGAAAUAUGAUUCAGAUACCAGUGAAUUUGAUGAAGAUGAAUUAGAGGAAGAUACUGAAGAUGAUAGUAAAACGGAAGAUGAUGAAAAAUCAGAAGAUAGAAGUGUAGGAGAUGAUGAGGAAACCUCAGAAUAUGAGGAUGAAGAUAAUGAUGAAAGUGACAGCGGCCCUGAUUUAGCUAGAGGAAAAGGAAAUAUUGAAACUAGUUCAGAAGAUGAAGAAGAUGAUAUGACUGAAUUUUUUCCAAAGGAACCUAGUUUUGAGCAUGCAUGGAGAGAAUUAGAUAAAGAUGCCCCUCGGGCAGAUGAGAUUACACAUCGAUUAGCAGUUUGCAACAUGGACUGGGAUAGAUUAAAGGCAAAAGACUUGCUGGCUCUUUUCAAUUCAUUUAAGCCUAAAGGUGGUGUGAUAUUUUCUGUGAAGAUCUAUCCUUCAGAAUUUGGGAAGGAGAGAAUGAAGGAAGAACGUGUUCAAGGUCCUAAAGAAUUACAAAGUAUUCCUGAGAAUGCUACUGAAAAAGACUGGACCUCUAGAGAAAAGUUAAGAGAUUAUCAAUUCAAGAGACUAAAAUAUUUUUAUGCAGUAGUAGACUGUGAUUCUCCAGAAACAGCCAGUAAAAUUUAUGAAGACUGCGAUGGACUGGAAUUUGAAAGUAGCUGUUCCUUUGUAGAUCUAAGGUUUAUUCCAGAUGAUAUUACAUUUGAUGAGGAGCCAAAAGAUUCAGCCUUAGAAGUGGAUUUAACAACAUAUAAACCCAAAUAUUUCACAUCUGCAGCAAUGGGAACAUCAACGGUAGAAAUCACCUGGGAUGAGACUGAUCAUGAAAGGAUUAAAACAUUAAACAGAAAUUUUAAAAAAGAUGAACUUCUUGACAUGGAUUUUCAAGCCUAUUUAGCAUCCUCCAGUGAUGAUGAAGAGGAACCAGAAGAAGAGCAAAAAGGUGAUAAUGGAAUCAGUGUGUCAGAAGAUGUAAAAUCUAAAAAGAGUCAAAAGGAUGAUGAUGAACAAAUUAUCAAGUAUAGGCAACUUUUGCAGCUUGUUCAAGAAAAAGAAAAGAAAUGCAAAGACAAUGACAUGGAAAUGGAAAUUAAAUGGGUUCCAGGUCUUAAAGAAAGUGCUGAAGAGAUGGUCAAAAACAAGUUGGAAGGAAAAGAUAAACUAACUCCUUGGGAACAAUUUUUAGAGAAGAAGAAAGAAAAAAAAAAGUUGAAAAAAAAGCAGAAGGUGCUUCAAUCUGUUACUGAAGAAGAGACCAGUGAAGAUGAGCUUCCAUCUGAUGUUGACUUGAAUGAUCCUUAUUUUGCUGAAGAAGUUGGAAAAAUAGGUACAAAGAAAAAAUCCAAAAAAAUCUCCAAGGAUGAAAAGACUCCAGAAGAAGAAAUUGAGAUGGAAAGACAAAAUGCUGAAAUGGCUUUGCUUGUGAUGGAUGAUGAAGAGGAUGGCAGGAAACACUUCAAUUACAACAAGAUUGUAGAGCAACAGAACCUGAGUAAAAAGAAGAAGAAAAAACUUAUGAAAAAGAAGGAACUAUUGGAGGAUGACUUUGAGGUUGAUGUUUCAGAUACUCGAUUCCAAGCAAUGUAUACUUCCCACUUGUUCAAUUUAGAUCCUUCUGAUCCUAAUUUCAAGAAAACAAAAGCUGUAGAAAAAAUCCUAGAGGAGAAGGCUCGGCAGAGAGAACAAAAGGAACAAGAACUUACAAAGGCAAUAAAGAGAAAAGAAAAUGACCUGCAAAAGGGAACAGCAAAGAAAUCCAUAGAUCCUGCUUUGUCAAUGCUAAUUAAAUCUGUCAAAAACAAAACACAGGAGUAUCAAGCAAGGAAAAAACAGAAAAUCAAAUAACUUGUUUUAUUUUGGUACAUCCUAAAUGCAUUCUUCCAAAUUGAAAGAAUGAAUUAUCUUAUGACUAAAGCUCCUUCUGGCAUAGAAAUUAAACUGCUGAUUGUUUUGAUAUUUUUCUCCAUGAAUAAAUCAAAGGAACAUAGAUUUAGAGCUGGAAUGAGUCAUAGAGGCCAAUCUCUUCAUUUUACAGAUGAGGAAAUUGAAACUUAGAGAUGUUAGUAAGUAACAGAGCCAGGAGUUGAACCCUUUCUCUCUAAAUCCAGUGUACUUUCCAAUAUACCAUUUGCCUAUAGGUUUUUUAUCUUCAUAC